AUGGGUUUGAAUCCUGGUCUGAGUAAGACGGCGGAAGUGCGGCCGCUGCGCCCCCUGCUGGACACCAGGCGCACUGACGCAGGUGGCAGCAAAACUUUCCACGGACUCAGGUCAAAACUCAACACGAAGAAGACGCGGAUCCUGCAGCUUUCUCAACACGACGAGGAUCCUGCAGCUUUCUCAACACGACGAGGAUCCUGCAGCUUUCUCAACACAACGAGGAUCCUGCAGCUUUCUCAACACAACGCGGAUCCUGCAGCUUUCUCAACACAACGAGGAUCCUGCAGCUUUCUCAACACAACGAGGAUCCUGCAGCUUUCUCAACACGACGAGCUCAUGAGUGUCCGGGACAUCGUGGAGAACCUGAAGCUGGCUCGGGAGUACGCUCUGCUGGGUAACUACAGCUCUGCCUCGGUCCUGUACCAUGGACUGAUGGAGCAGAUCAAGAAGCACAUAUUCGCUGCUGGGGACAGCUCCUUCCAGCAGAGAUGGCAGCAGCUGUGGCAGGAGAUCGACGAGGAGAGCCGUCAGGUGCAGGACAUCAUGACGACGCUGGAGAACUUCCAGUUUGACGCCGCGGCCGCGAAACCUUCAAACCACGACGACUUCGACAAGAGGCCGGUGCAGGAUCCCAGACACUCGCCGUGUCCUGUGAGGAGACCGUCUAAUGCAUAUAAAGAACAUAAGGCCCCAAACAACAGGCUGAGCGUGGCGGUCCGGGCUCAGCAACGCCACUCCCCUCGCGGCAACGGGGAGCGCCACCGAGUCCCCAAGAGCAAAGACAAAGAUGUGAAGGAACCGAAGGAGGCGGCGAGCAGAGCCAAGGACGACAAGAACAAAGCUGACGUCCAUGAGAAGGAACUCAAGAAGUUUGAUGGGAGUGGAUACGACAAAGACUUGGUGGAGGCUUUGGAGAGAGAUAUUAUAUCUCAGAAUCCAAACGUGAAGUGGGAUGACAUCGCAGAUCUGGAAGACCCAAAGAAACUCCUGAAAGAAGCAGUGGUGCUGCCCAUGUGGAUGCCAGCGUUUUUCAAAGGCAUUCGACGACCGUGGAAGGGGGUGCUGAUGGUGGGACCUCCUGGAACCGGUAAAACCCUUUUGGCCAAAGCGGUGGCGACAGAAUGUAGAACCACCUUCUUCAACGUGUCGUCGUCCACGCUCACCUCCAAGUACCGCGGCGAGUCGGAGAAACUGGUCCGACUCCUGUUUGAAAUGGCUCGCUUCUACGCCCCCACCACCAUCUUCAUCGACGAGAUCGACUCCAUGUGCAGCCGCAGAGGGACCUCAGAGGAGCACGAGGCCAGUCGCAGGGUCAAGGCCGAGCUCCUGGUGCAGAUGGACGGUGUGGGCGGAGCCUCAGAGAACGAGGACCCGUCUAAGAUGGUGAUGGUGCUGGCGGCCACUAACUUCCCCUGGGACAUCGACGAGGCUCUGAGGCGGCGCCUGGAGAAGAGGAUCUACAUCCCUCUGCCGUCAGCUAAAGGGCGAGUGGAGCUGCUGAAGAUCAACCUGAAGGAGCUGGAGCUGUCCGGAGACGUGGACAUGGAGAAGAUCGCCACAAAGAUGGAAGGGUACUCAGGGGCCGACAUCACCAACGUCUGCAGAGAUGCGUCGCUGAUGUCCAUGCGGCGGCGGAUCGAGGGCCUGUCUCCGGAGCAGAUCCGGAACAUCUCCAGAGACGAGAUGCAGAUGCCGACAACGAUGGAGGACUUCGAGACCGCGCUCAGGAAAGUGUCGAAGUCUGUGUCUGCGGCCGACCUCGACAAGUACGAGACGUGGAUCCAGGAGUUUGGCUCGUGCUGA